AUGUUAUUUUGGUAUUGGGCCUGGCUCACUUGCUGGUUUAUCCUCACUUUGGCAGACGAUCAGUUAAUCCUAAAUCCAUUGCUCACGAACAAAUUCAAUAUGACUGAAGUCAAGAUCCUUGAAGAUGUGGAGUAUGGGAAAGAUCAUCCGGCUCAGAAGCUGGACGUAUACCUCCCACCAGCCGACGUCGCGCUUGGACCAGUAACUGUUGUAUGGAUACACGGCGGAGCAUGGAGAAGCGAAGACAAGGCCGAUUACAAGGCCCUUGCCUUGAAGAUAGUGGAGAAAUCGAAUUGUCCUGUUGUGGCCGUAAACUAUCGGUUAUCACCACGAAAGGAGGCCGACGGUCUUGCUGUACGCCAUCCUAGGCAUACCCUAGACGUUCUCGACGCACUAAUCUUUAUUCAAGAACAUGGAUCGUCUCAGCUUGGUAUUCCUCAAUCGGUCUUGGACAACAUUUAUCUGGUUGGCCACUCUUGUGGCGCGCAUAUUAUCGCAUCCAUCAUCCUCGACACAGAGUCUGAGCUUUACAGCAUCCCGACCCCCUCUUCACUGAUCACUAGUGUCAAAGGAGUAUUUAUAUCAGAGGGCAUAUACGACAUUGACCUUCUCCUAACCAAGUUUCCCCAGUAUUCCGACUUCAUUGAAAAUGCCUUUGGGAAGCUUUCAUCGUAUAAGGAUGUCUCUCCAGCGCACUACAAGGCUCGGGGGGGAUGCCCGAUUUAUUGGCUCGUGGUGCAUUCCAAGGGGGAUCGAUUAGUCAAUGAACAACAGGCUGAGGAAAUGUGGGAUCACCUCUGGGAGCUCUACGACGACAAAUCGGCACACCAAUACAUUGAAGCGGACUGGGAACGCCUGAAGUUAGACCACAAUGAGAUGCUUGGAGAUGAUGAGUAUCCUUCAAUGGUAGCUCAGUUUAUCCGCGAGACGGUAGCAAAACGGGCAGUAUAUUCAUAA